UUAUUAUUAAGUGUACUAAUUAAAUCAUUUUUCUUUAAGAAAAAGAUGCUGAAAGGGUUAUAGAGAAUUGUCUUUUUGACUAUAAAUAUGUCAAUUGAACCAUUCAAAAGAUUUUACUCGCACCACCUUCAUUAAUCUGUAAAGCCAUAUUUAUGAUAAAUUGACAAAAGAAAAUAAAAAUAAAGAAAAACCCUUUUUUAUAAAAGAAAAGAAUUGGGAUUGGAAAUCAAAACUGAUUCAGAAAAGAGACCCACCUUGUGCAAACACUACCUAAAAAGUACUGAAGAAGUGCCCGAGAUGAAUAUUUGAUAGCCCAUAUGUACAUCGGCCCAAUAAGCUUAUAUGGGCCAUUAAUUACGAAUAAUUGAAUAGCAUUUUGAAAAUCAAACAGUGAUCCCGCCCAUGAAAGCAGCCAGUUGCAUUCAAAUCGAACAAAAUUUCAAAAUCCCCCAAAAACUAUUCAUACAGAAGAAGAAGAAAUGGAGAAGAUCUGUGUAGCGGUAAGAGUAAGACCAGCAGCAGCAUCAUCAGAGAUCACAAAUGGAACAUACUGGAAAGUUGAACAUAGUCACAUCUCUCUUCGCAAAUCUGACUCCACUCCUAUCUCUGGCGUCUCUUACGCUUUUGACCACGUGUUUGAUGAAAGUUGUACAAAUGCCAAAAUUUACGAGCUUCUUACUAAAGAUAUUAUCCAUGCUGCUGUUGAUGGUUUUAAUGGAACUGCAUUUGCUUAUGGACAGACAAGUAGUGGAAAGACUUUCACUAUGAAUGGUUCUGAAAAUGAUCCUGGAAUUAUUCAUCGUGCUGUUAAAGAUAUUUUUAACAAAAUAGAGAUGACGUGUAACAGAGAGUUUCUGAUAAGGGUUUCUUAUAUGGAGAUAUAUAAUGAAGAGAUUAAUGAUCUUUUUGCUGUGGAGAAUCAGAAAUUGCAAAUUCAUGAAAGUUUGGAGCGUGGUAUAUUUGUUGCAGGACUCAGGGAGGAAAUUGUGAAUAAUGCUGAGCAAGUCCUAAAUCUCAUGGCAUCAGGAGAAGUUAAUAGGCAUUUCGGGGAGACAAACAUGAAUGCUCGGAGCAGUAGGUCUCACACAAUAUUCAGAAUGGUUAUUGAGAGCAAAGGGAAGGAAACCAACUCUUCUACUGAUUAUGCAAGCCGUGAUGCUAUUCGAGUCUCUGUCUUGAACUUGGUAGAUUUAGCUGGUUCAGAAAGGAUUGCUAAGACUGGAGCUGGAGGAGUACGUUUGAAAGAAGGAAAGCACAUUAACAAGAGCUUGAUGGCUCUUGGUAACGUGAUUAACAAAUUAAGUGAUGGUUCAAAGCAGAGGGCGCAUAUUCCUUAUCGUGAUAGCAAGCUGACUCGCAUACUUCAACCUGCUCUUGGCGGUAACGCCAAAACUUCAAUUAUAUGUACAAUAGCCCCAGAAGAGGUUCACAUUGAGGAAACAAAAGGGACUCUCCAGUUUGCUAGCCGAGCCAAGCGCAUUACCAAUUGUGCCCAAGUGAAUGAGAUAUUGACGGAUGCAGCCUUACUGAAGCGGCAGAAGUUAGAGAUAGAAGAGCUACGCAAAAAACUGCAGGGAUCUCGGGCUGAAGUACUAGAGCAAGAGAUAUUAAAAUUGAGAAACGACAUGCUGAAGUAUGAACUAGAAAGGGAGAAGCUUGAAAUGCAGCUGGAGGAGGAGAGGAAAUCACACAAGGAGCGCGAUCAAUGCAUCAGGGAGCAGCAGAUGAAAAUUGAUAAUCUCAGCAAUUGUGUCACCUUUCCAGAGUGUGAUAAGGAUGCUGGUCCGGGAAAGAAUUCAGGGAGACAAAGUGGCAGGGAAGAAUCGAAUGACAGCAAUAGCAGAAGUCCAGGAGAUAUUUUUAGAACCCCCCGUUUUAAGGCAGUUCCAAAUGCCUUUGUUGCUAAUCGUUCCAAUUACUCGGGGCUUCCUGAUUUUAGUCCUCUUCCCGAUACUCUUAGCAAUGUAGCUGAUGAAGAUACAUGGAUGAAAAUGAACAAAGGUUACAUAGCUGACCUUGAUUCAAUUCAAAUGACUCCUUCGAGAAAAGUUCAAUCCUUCCCAUCAAGUGAUAUAUCUCCUGGAACCCCAAGUGAUAACUGCAGGAAUGAAGUUGGGAAUCUUAAAAGGCAAGUAGAACUCAUUACUGAAGAAAAGAAUGAACUUCAGAAGAAGCACUCAGAACAACUAUCAUUAAAUAACCAAUUGAUGGAGGAGAUAUCAAAAUUGAAACAAGAAGCUUUGGCAGUUAAAGAAGUUCCCCAAACACUCUGCAAAUCUCUGACCAGUUGCAAAGACGUUUACAAGGAUAUUUUUCUAACACUGCAGAGUUUUGUACCUGAUGGGGAAUCUUGCACUGCAAAAUUGCUUUCUAGCACUAGCGAAUUUGGCAUUAGCCUUUUCUCAAAUUUGGAAUCUUAUUUCUUAAUGGCAAAGGACGAUCAUAAAUGUUUCCCAAAUGAUUUUCUAGUCCAAGAGCAGUGCAAAGUACAUUCUGAGAGGUUAAAAGGCACAAUUGAAUCGAUGGUAGCAGCAGAGAAACUAGCCAUUCAGAACGAAGAAGCAAAGAACACAACAUGCAGAUGCGACUAUAAGGACUCCACUCUGGGAGGGGAAACUGCUUAUGCAAAGGAGAAGCUAAACUAUGAACUUGACAGUAUCAAGGAAAAAUACCAUGAUUUGGAGAAGCAGUUGACUUUGAAUAACCAGCUUCUGGAGGAUUCUAAAGAAAAAUAUACUAGCUUGGAAAGAAAGUUUGAGCUUUUGAAAGAAGAAAGAGAUUCCUUGCUGGAUAGAGUCUCAGAAUCAUCCCAAAAGCUCACACUGGUUACUGCCCAAAAGGAAGAUCUUCUGAAAGAUCUGAACACUGCAGAGCAGAGAAGGAAAGAUCUUGGAGAGGAGAUUAAACAAUUCAGUACUGCCUUUGCUAUUCGGCAGAGAUCAUUUAUGUCCUUCCGAAGUGAAUUUAAGUCCAAAAUUGAGAAAUUGAGAGCUCUACAUCCAGUUUCAGUAUCCAAACCUCUUGGGUGUUGAAGACUACUUUCCCUUGUUUCAUGUGUUUCGCAUAUUCUUUGUCAUUUAUUUACCUGAAUAUCUAUUGAAUGUAAUUCUCACAUCCGCUGGUUAUCUUGUUUCCAACUUUGUUGGAAGCUUUAGGACUAAGCCUAGAACAAGACUUUUUUUUUUUUCCAGUAGCACAGGGAUUUGGAUGUUAUUUUUUAUUAUGCAGAUCACGCAAUCUUUGUAAUGCUGUUGCUGCUAUGUAUUCUAGAUAUCUUAUUAUGCCAUGUAGCAGUUUGAAUCCA